AUGCUCAGGGUCUAUUUGCCAUCCGGACAAGAUUUUCUGCAUGUACUCACACCGCAAAUUUCUACAAUCGAACCAGGCCACAAUGCAACAGUUACAUUUGCCGUCAGUGCGCCCGCAUCGAGUCCCAUUCAAUCUUACAAUAUUCGUUGUGCAAUUGUCGAUGAAAUUGCUCAAGUGUCUGUUGGCAUUUCGAUUCAUUUGAUCAUCGUCGGAAGCAAUACGACUACAGCUCGAAUAAAAUUUCUUAUCGAAGAUGAAUUCACAUACUUUGCUGCUAAUCAUCCUCUUGUCGCAAAUGCAUCGCUCACUAUUACCAAUCCGAAUAUGAACUUUCACAUUCAACUAUUCGGCAAUUCAUCAGGUCGAAUUGAAGCAUUACUCGUGCCAGCUGUUUACGAAGUGCGUGUUCAAGCGUCGAAACAUAGAUCAGUUUCCAGGAUGAUUACAAUCGAUUUAUCGAGUGAUGGAACUGAGUGGCCGAUUUUCUUACAACGUCAACUAGUCUCCUAUCAAUGGACUGUGACGCCGACCGAAGUUGAACAAGAGUAUACAUUCACGCUUGAGGCCAUUUUCGAAACCCAUGUUCCUGCCCCAGUCGUCACCAUGACACCUAGUGUACUCUCUCUAGACGAUAUGGAAAAUGGUCUUCUUGAUCGAGUCGAUCUUCUUCUAACCAAUCAUGGUUACAUUCGAGCGGAUAACAUUCAAAUUCGACUUCCCAACUCACAUCCAUUUCUCAAAUUUCGCAUCCUUCAACAGCCAAUCGGAAAUAUUGAAGCAAACUCAUCUAUUCUCGUCACAUUAGUUAUCGAGCGCUUUGUGUUAGCACAUCAACGAAUGGCAUUAUCCCAGAAAACCGCCACUGUUUGUUUUCGAGCAUUUAUGACAUAUGAAUAUGAUUGCAAUGGUGUGAAAACAGUAAGCGUUCCUGUGCCGGUAUUUCAAGCUUCGUUAUCUAUUAUGGUCUGCGUGGGUAUUGGUGAUGUUUCAGGUGGCGGAGGAAUAGCAACGGGUGACAUAGACAUCACGGCGUCCCUGCAAAUGAGCUUACCGUGCGAAUGGAAUCCUGACAGGAGAUGCGCUGAAGCUGUGUUCAAAUGUGCAUGUAGUCUUAUCAGUACACUGAUGCCAUGGACGAGAGUUCAAGUGCCGGUCGAACUCGAAUGCCUGGCCUACUUUCUACCGGGAAUGUAUGGUUGUGGUAUGUUUCGAUUAGUUCUUCAACAAUUUUUUUUAGCAAUCAUGUAA